UCCACCAUUACGCGCCAUGUGUUCUGUUUCUCUUAAGCUCUCACUCUCUCUAAAUCAAACCCGCCCUCUGCAAGAAGGAGCUGGACUAUCCGAUUACUUGUGCUCCAGGCAUUCUCCCAGAAACUGAACUUGAAGAAACCCUAGAAAAAGCGAGAGAGACUCUGGAAAACGAAUUUCAAAAUGAGGACGGUCGUGUCGCGGUUGAUCCAUUCAAGAUCAUCACUUCCCAGGCUCUUUAUAAUGGAUGCACCCAGGAAAGGGAGGUAUCUCUCAACAGACUCUAGUAAGGUUGAUGAACCCUUCAAAGUUGGGGAAGCAGAGACUGUAAACAUUCCCCCUCCUCCAACAGAGAAGUUGCUUGUGUUGGGUGGAAAUGGAUUUGUUGGCUCACAUGUUUGUAGAGAGGCAUUAGAUCGUGGAUUGUCUGUUGCCAGCCUUAGCAGGUCUGGUAGGUCAUCAUUACAUGAUCCAUGGGCCAGCAAUGUGACCUGGCAUAAAGGAAACCUUCUAUCACCUGAGUCAUUGAAGGAUGCUCUCGAUGGUGUCACGUCUGUUAUAUCCUGUGUUGGUGGGUUUGGCUCCAAUUCUUACAUGUAUAAGAUUAAUGGGACUGCUAAUAUAAAUGCAAUUAGAGCUGCUUCUGAACAAGGUGUGAAACGAUUUGUGUAUGUCUCUGCUGCUGAUUUUGGUGUGGUAAAUUACUUACUGCGAGGAUAUUAUGAGGGGAAGAGAGCUGCAGAAACAGAGCUACUAACCAAAUUCCCUUAUGGAGGAGUGAUUUUGAGGCCUGGAUUUAUUUAUGGGACUCGAAGCGUUGGGAGCGUAAAGUUACCUCUCGGAGUAAUUGGUUCUCCACUGGAGAUGUUGUUCCAACACACAAGACCUCUGAACCAGCUGCCACUUGUUGGGCCUCUCUUUACUCCUCCAGUGAAUGUUACAGCAGUGGCAAACGUUGCUGUUAGAGCAGCUACUGAUCCUGUCUUCCCUCCUGGGAUUGUAGAUGUCUACGGAAUUCAGCGUUACAACCAGAAGUCGAAGUAGACGCGUUAAAUCCCUUCCGUUUUUUGUUUUGUUCUUUCAACAGAGAGUGUGAUGUAAAGCUAUCAAAGUUUCUUUCUCAUGAACAUUGUAUCCGUUUUUUCCCCCCACCUUUCUCAUGCAAUCAUUAAUAAAUUUGUUAAAACUACAGAUUCACUAUAGUUCAAUAA